AUGGCCGAGCAGGGCGUCGCCCAGUUGGUGGUUUGGCAGCAUGGGGAGAGCCUAGAUGCAGCCGGCGUGCAGGCAGAGCUCGCAGAGCUGCAAGCGGCCCUCCGCCAAGUCCCAGGUGUCUCUACGUCGGCGUUGGAAGACCUCUGGCAGCGGCAGCGGAGCCGUGCGCAGGAGCUCUACGAUCGCCAGCCCGCGCGCACGAGGGUCGUCCAAGUGGAGGAGGAGUGUGCGGAGGAAUACAUCGACCAGGAGGACUACGAAGAGCAGGAGCCCUACACCGCUCACGAGGCCUACACGGAGCAGGAGCCGUACACAGAGCAGGAGGCGUAUCAAGAGAACGAACCCUACACGGAGACGGUGUAUCAGAACAUCCCAGUGGACGUGCAGCAUACGAAGAGACGAGGGGGCCUUGCCGGGGCUUUAGGAGGCAGGAAGACCUACACAGUUCAGGAGACCAGAAGCGUCCCUGUCCAAGUGCAGAAGCUGAGGUCAGUCACCCGGCACCGCGACGUGACGCGUUACCGUGCCGUGCAGAGGACGCGCGAGGUGACACGGUACCGGCCGGUCACCAGGCAGAGGGGCGUGACCCGCUACAGAACUGCCACGCGGAUGGUGGACCGCAACGUCGAGUACUUCUUGCCGGUGGAGGACUUCUACAACCAAGCCCUGGAGCAGAUCCUGGGCGAGGUGCGCGCGGGGUUCCGGGCUCCCAUAGACAGCAUUCGACCCGAGGACUCGGUUUCUCAGGUGAGCGUGGCAGCCAGCAUUCCUGGGAUUCCUGGGCGUGCUCCAUCAGAUGACGAUUCUUGGUCCUUCAUCUCCUCUGCUCGCGCCGGGCCUCAGUGCUUCCUGCCCGAGGCGCUCUUCCAGGUGAGUGCAGGCGGCUUGGACGACACCUACUUCCUCCACGCCCAGCAUUUGGCCCCCGGCUCAUGUGUAAUGGCCGCAGAUGGGCAGACUGUCCGGGUGACGCGGGUGGUGGAGCACCAGGUACCAGAAAUCCUGGAGCUCCGAACCGGUGCCUACACGGCGCCUCUCCGAAUUUCCCCAACCCACCGUGUGGUCACGCCUGGCCAGGGCCAGACAGAAGCGUAA